UCGCCUCACGCUAAGGGGGGCCAAAUUUGAUUCACUCUGAACGGCCCGUUCCGCAACACCACAUCAAAUCACAUUCCUGUGGGCAUCUCAGACAUCGACACGAACAGCGCAUUUUUGCAUUAGGCCAUGGCAGCACUAGCUUGCUGAUGAAACAGCAAAACCCUCUCAUCGUGACUCUGGCACGAGGAUCGGAACGCACAUCACCUGGAGACAGGUACUGUUCGGUUCUUCUGGUAUUAUACCUACCAAUCGACUGGUUUACAAUUGACUUUCACCCGUCAGAGUCCAGCCUACACUAUCCUCAGCGCGCAUUUGGUCUUAUUUCACUUCUGUCCUGUUAUUUGAUACCCACAACUAUUUGUAUCUUUGUGUGCAUUUGCAUUGGGUUAUUGCCCUAUCUAUUCAUCAUCAGACAUUGUACAAAAAUUUUGGCUUUUACGGUUAUGCUUUAGUUCUGCAUUGAACCGAGGUUAGGAAAAUAGAGAAAGGAGUUUGAUGUUAAGCCAAGGUGUCGGUUGCAUUUCUGGGCGCAGUUAAUAGAUGAUUUAUCACCAAGGUAGCAAGCAUGUUACUUUUUUAAAAACAAA